GAGUGUGACUAAAGCCAGUCUCUGAAACCAGAUCGAGUGCCGCGUGGAUCUCUCCUCAAAAGCUGAGCGUCCGAGGAAAGAGCGUCAGUGUCUGUGAGGGAGUCUUUGUGAAUCAGAUUCCACGGAAUACAAAACUUCCAAGAAUUCCAAAAAAAAAAAAAAACUCGGAGAAGAAAGAACAAUGUCAAGUGCAAUCAUGAGACGAAGCUCCAGUAAGCAAGGCUUGCAGAACCUCCUGAGAGUGACGGCCCAGCGAAGUAUCGAAGAUGCUGAGGAGAUCGAGAGAGAAAGGCGACGUCGGGCCCGGGAGGCUUUCCGCAACCAGCAAAGCCUAUCUGGAUCUGCUGGUUCCCCUCAGGACAGUGUGAACCCACCUGAGACCGGCCUCUAUGAAAGUGAACUCAAACCCAGCUGCCCUAUUGCUGUGGAUGAGGAUGAAGGUUUCAGCGACUGGACCCAGAAGCUGGAACAGAGAACACGGUCCAGAAUGGAUGAGAACGUCAGUGGAGAACAACCACAACAGGAGGAGAAAGACGUGAAUGCAAGAUCUAGACAAAGUGAGAAAAGCAGCUUCACCACUUCCAUGCAGUAUCAGCAAAUGCAGGACCGAGAAGAAGAGGAGAAAAGACCAGAGGGGAGGAGGAGCGCUGAGAGACGAACAGAGAUCAGAGAGAGGGUUAGCAGUCAGAGACCAGAGGAAUGGCGUGAUGACAUGAGAGACAGCAAAAGCAGACAACAGGAAAUACAACCACCGAUGGAGAACAAGAUAAAAGAGGAGAAGGAGGUGGUGAAGGUGUCAUACACGUCUAAAGUCUUCCUACAGCAAGACAGAACACCUAAUGGCAAUGGAGAGGCUGCUGCAGAGGAAAUUACAUCACAUCUGGUCAAAACCAAAAGAUCACCCAGCAGGACUGUAGAUGUAAAUCAGGCCUUUGAGACUAAGAAAGACAUGCACGCUGGUCUGGAGACCGAGCUGAAGCUGGAGAAGAUCAGACAUAGCCACCAGGAGAAGGAGAGCCAGGAAAUGGAUCAGCUACAGCAGCGUCAGGCCGAGGCUGAGCUGGAGCUGGAGGAACUGAAGAAGAAGAGAGAGGAACGACGCAAAGCUCGCGAAGAGGAGGAGCUGAGGAGAGAGGAAAAGGAACAGAAGAAACUAGUUAAAAAAGAGGAGGACAAGAGGCAGAUGAAGGAGGACAUUGAGAGGAGGAGGAUGGAAGCAGCAGAGAAGAGAAUGAAGGAUCUCAACAUCACUUCUACAGAUGGUGAUGACCCAUUUAACCCUCUAAACCCCAUAAGUCCAGCUUUCAAGAUCACUGAGAGAACAGAAUCCUUGAAUCGAUCUUUAAAGAAGAGUAACAGUUUCAAGAAGACCCAGAGACCUGUACUCCUUCCCAAGAUCGACGACAAACUGGAACAAUACACACAUGCAGUCGAGGACGUUAAACCUGGAGAUGUUCUGCAGAAAAAGAACAUGUGGGAAAUUAUUGGAGAAGGUUCUGCAGCUGAGAGGCCGGGACUGGGAGGAAAGGAUAAUGGCAGUACAGCUUUCAGCAGAUUUAGCAGAAUAAAGUCAUUCUCAACAAUGCUUUCUAAUUUUCAUUUCCAGGACGUUAAACCUGGAGAUGUUCUGCAGAAAAAGAACAUGUGGGAAAUUAUUGGAGAAGGUUCUGCAGCUGAGAGGCCGGGACUGGGAGGAAAGGCCUCCUCCUCGGGUAAACGAUGCAAGUUUGUUGUGACAGGCCAUGGGAAGUACGAGAAGAUUUGAUGGUGAUCAUUACGGUGUCUACCCGAAUGAAAAAUCAAGUGAGAAGGUGAACUUCCCAGUGAUCGCUUGUGAGGAAUUUAAUUCAGCA